AUGCCGUUUCCCAGCCUCCGACGGCGAACUGUCAACGAGGCAGACCAGCUACCGGAGGAGCACAAGUCUCCCUUGCCAUCACCAAGAGCUCGUUCGGCUACCGUCCCUAGCCUGACUCCACGCAAGAGCUUGACAUCUCUGAUGGGCUCUGUCAGAAAGAGAGGCAUAUCAAGGUACGUCGGGACUCUGCAAGAUCUCUCAGCUGUUAACGAGUGCCGCAGUCCCUCGCCAGUCAAGCCUCAUCAUGAUGUCUUCGAGCAGGAAUUAUAUUCGGCGUAUGAUACCUUGAAUCCUGACCAUGACCCCUUCAGAGCCGGCCGAGAUCCCUCUGCAUCUGACAAAUCCAAGCGUUACUAUCGGACACCUAGCCCUCAUCCUCUCAAGAUGUCGGCUACAUCCUCUCUGUCGAGAUUGUCCAAGCUGAGUCGCGGUACUCCGGGCAGCAGGUACUCAGAUUCCUCUCAGACCGGAUCACCCCCAAAGACCUUCCUCGAAGUACUAGCUGAUGCUAUUCGAGCUCCGACCUCAUUAUUUUACAAGGAGAAUAAGAGCAACUCCAAGACUGAAGAUGCCAACAUCUGCACCAACAAACCUCCGUCACCGGCGAGGAGUAUCAGUCCGAAGAAGUCGGUCAGAUUCAAGCCUGGAAAAUCAAUCAUCGAGAGCGAACCAAGAUCUUCUCCCAUCGACAUUCCUAGGCCAACGCCCUCCCUGCCUCCUGUUCAGUUGGCCACCACACCACUCCUGCAGUGCUUCGGAAAUGACCACCCACAUUUAAUCCCAACUGGUAGGCCUCCUCAGCCGCAAGUGUUAGAUUCAACGAUCAAUUUCCGUCAGGCCAUGGCUGCGGCCCAAUCGUCCAUCACUGAGGAUGAUCUCCAGGAUGUUUUGUCGGUCGGCACCCCGUUAUCAGAACUUCCCUUGCCUUUGCCUCGUGCUACUGUCCCAAUGGAGAACUCUUCUACAGAUCUAAAAGCCGAGCACGACAUGGAAAUCAAGCGGCACAUGCUUCGAGAGUACGAUAACCAAUUUUCCAGCAAGGGGUUAGAGCCUUGUCGACCUGCAGACAUUCUCAUCGAGAAUCGCUUCGUCGCCAAUGAUGAGAGGAUUCAAGAUUUACCCGAAAGCAACUCCGCUGUAACCGCAGUGGUAACCGGGGGCUUGAGUUUAGCAUUGAAGAUGGCCAACCAUGACGAGGGCCCAAGCAAAUCAGCCUCUUCCAGCGAGAUCGGUCAGGCUGAAUUGUUUCCCGAAGCCGAAUGCACUCUCGAAGACAAUGUGUCAGAGCUCAAAUCGGAUCUAUCAGCUUCUGAUCAAGGUGAUGCGGACUCGGACUGCUCGGAUGGACGAUCUGUUGUCUUGACAGUUUCCUCCUUAACGAGGUGCGGAAAUGAUGAGAAAUGGAACGAAAACCCAACUCACGAAGAUAUUCGUCUCCGUUUUAAGCACCCGGAAUGUUUUAAGCCUGUGAAGUCUCGUGAUGCGGGCAGCAUCUCGGACUCGAAUGCCGAUUCGCACGAAAACACCCGGGCCAAAGCAGCUAUUACUCCAUUACCAGAUGCGAAUGCGGACUCGAGCCCACUCCAACUUCCACCGUCUGCUACUGUUGGCGAGGUAGAAGUGGAGUCCAGGAAGAGAAGAAUAUGUCUCCAUUCAACUUCCGACGGGGUGGGCGAGAAAUAG